AUGGACGACGAUGAGUCAGUUGACAAUGGAAUGGAGGUUGAGGAACCUGAAGCGUCUUCAAAGGGUGCGAAACAGGUUUACAUUCCCGGUGUUAGCCGAGCUUUAAAAGAAGGCGAAGAACUCGACUUUGAUCCUGGAGCAUACAAAAUAUUCUAUUCGUUUGAAACUAAAUGGUCGUGUCUCUCUUUCGACUUUGUCAGGGAGGAUGACCCAGUUACGGACCUUCCCCUGAAGUGCUAUAUUGUGGCUGGAACUCAAGCCGACAAGCCCAAGAACAAUGAGCUUACCAUAAUGGGACUUAAGAAUCUUAAUCUGUUAGAGGAUGACGACGAUGAAGAUGAAGAUGAGUUGAGUGACGACGAUAGCGACGAUGAUAGUGAUUCCAAAAAAGAAGCAAUAUUCCAUUCCGUUUCGGUGUCUCACUACGGUGGAGUUAAUCGAAUAAAGGCUCAACGUCUCGGUGACGGAACAGUAUGCGCUGUGUGGAAUGAUAUUGGAAAAGUACAGCUUUGGAAUUUAACGAAUGCCGUGAAGGAAUGCGUCAAUAUGUCAACUAAAGGCAAAGAGGAAAAGCAGAUUCAAGAAAAACCUCUUUUCUCCUACAUAACAAAGAAGGAAGGAUUCGCACUUGACUGGUCGAAGCUCAAACAGCUGUUAAUUUAUUACGUAUUCAAGGGAGAUUUUGCUUCUGGGGACCAAGCCCGAAACAUCCAUAUAUACAGAAUGCAUGAAGGUGGAACAUGGGUUGUCGAUCAACGUGCUCUCAACAGUCAUUCAGGAUCCGUAGAAGAUGUCCAUUGGUCUCCUACAGAAGAAGGUUUGCUUGCUUCGUGUUCCUGUGAUGGAACUAUCAAGCUUUGGGACACACGCGCUAGUCCAGCAGAUGCCUGUGUGUGCACUGUAGAAAAGGCUCACAGCUCCGAUGUAAAUGUUAUAUCCUGGAACUCACAUGAACCACUAUUGGUGACGGGUGGAGAUGACGCCGAGUUGAGGAUCUGGUCCCUGAAAACAAUACAGUUUGGUCAACCUGUUGCUCGGUUCAAAUAUCACUCAGGACCUAUCACUUCGGUGGAGUGGAUGCCGCAGGAGUCCACUACAUUUAUGGCUUCUGGAGAGGAUGACCAAGUCACUAUUUGGGACAUUGCAGUUGAACCUGAUUCACAAGAAUCUGUUGAGGGCGUUCCUCCACAGUUAAUGUUCUUACAUCUUGGGCAGAAGGAAGUAAAAGAAGUACACUGGCAUCCUCUUCUGAACGGACUUGCUGCUACAACAUCAUUGGAUGGAUUUAAUGUGUUCAAAACUAUAAAUGUUUAA